CUAGCUUUGAUUUCCACAGCACCAAUUCUGGGACACAGAGUUUGGACAAAAACCCACCGAGAAAAUGAGCGAGACGAGGCCGGUGCCGAGGAGGGAGAGCCCAUGGGGGAUGUCGGAGGGAGAUCACAAGCAGCCAAAGGCACAUCGCUGCAAUGAUCGAGCCGAGGACGUGAUUCAAGCUUGUUUCGAGGGAAACCCUUUCAAGACAGUGCCAGGACCAUUUAAGCUCUUCUGGGAAUGCAUGCGCUCCAAACCCGGAGAGGAACCAACAGAUCCUUACACUUACUUGCAGAUUGAUGCUCCAAAAAGAGAGGUGAAGCUUGAGUAAAGAAGAAGCAUGCUGGCGCCACUUUCCAUUUGUAAUUCAUUUCCAUUUUUUGCAGACGGUGAUGUGAAUUGUCAAGGCUCAUUUCCUUUGUUUUUUUAGCUUUUAUGGAUACUGCAAAAUGUUGGUCCUUGGAUCUAACAGUUGGUAACCUCUCCCUUUCGUCUUUGGAUAAUAAUGAUAUGAAGAUUAGCAGCUGUUACAACCACAUCGAUUCUGCUUUAAGAAUAAGAAAUCUAUCCCUUCCAUUAAGACUGUUGAGUAAUGACUUUCUGCAAUAGUUCAAAUCAAGUCUGAAACAAACACCAAAUUCCCCACUCCCUUCUUUCAUUAUUGCUGCUGAAUUAUUUCCCCCAACAUCCUGUACAUGUGUGAACUGAACCGACUGAGUACUACGAAACUGAGGGGCAAAAAAUUUAAGAAACAAGGAUUAAUGAACUACUGAUUUAAAC